GAUGGAGGAGCUGGACUCUGUGAUAUUGCAGAGAGACAAGUCUUCAGCAGGGCACAGACUGCACUUUGCAUCUUUCACAGGAACUUAUCAACGCAUAUGUGGGGUUUUCUUCCCCCCUUUCAUUUAUUUAUCUUGCAGAUAUUUAUUUAUUUGAUGACCAGCAGCCAGCCUUGAAACCAGACCCUGCUGACUUUUUCUCAAAGGUGUCACCAGGUAAUGAGCUUACUGCUGCUGUCCAACUCCAGCAUGAAGGACCGUGACUCUCUGACCCUGCUGCACUACACAAACUCUGGCAAAACGGGCCCACAGUACCCCCCUCCCAAUCUCCAUUCUUCUUCCCCAGGCCUCACCAAGUCUCAGCCCUUCUGUCUGCAGUCCAGCCAGCACCUCAUAGCCUCCAUGCAGCUGCAGAAACUCAACAGUCACUAUCAGAGCCUGGCUGCUUCUUCUACAGUCUCUUCUGGAUCCAACAGAGGAUUUGGCACUGCUUCAAUGAGUCCAGCACAAAUCCCUGGCCCUGGCAUGGCUCAAGGGUCUGGGAUCAUAGAUUCUGAUCCGGUGGAUGAGGAUGUCUUGAUGUCUCUGGUAGUGGAGCUGGGUUUGGACAGGGCUAAUGAACUUCCAGAACUGUGGCUGGGCCAGAAUGAGUUUGACUUCAUAUCAGAUGUACCUGCUGGGUGCUGACCACCUAAAAGAAAGUCCCCAAUCAAUUUUUGGCUGCCUUUCUUUUCUUUUUUUUGCACCUGAGACACUGUUGGAUGGCUUAUGAAAAUGUGAGGUUUUUUUUGAAGAUUCCCCCCCCCAGUUUGUAAAAACACUUCUUCUAGUUCAAGCUGCAGAGGAAGAAGUGACUGCACUCACAAUCAAGACUACUUGGACAGUUGAAACUAAAAUACGGUAACUCUCUUGCUAUUCACGUUGAUGUCUUGCUUGUUCUAAUCCUUUCUAAGCUCUGGUUUCAAAGUGGUGCAAGAAUUUCUCCCAAGUCACCAGACAUGGAGUUAAGUCUUAAGCUUCACACACGGACUAGACCUCCAACAUGACCACUACCAGACGUGUUUUUUUUUUUUUAAACUUCAUGUUCACCACCUACAAUAAAAUUUGUGAAUCCACAGAACAUUUCUUCUGAAAGACGAGACAUUCAUGUGGUCUCUAGUGUAUUGACUUCAUCUUUUGCCACCUGCCAUCUGUGUGUUCUCUCCAUACGAGCAGCCAGGUGGUGGUUCUGUUCUGUAAUGGAAGGUGAUCCUGAAACCAGCAUGCAUUUUCCAAAAUGCAUGUCAUCGCAAGACUCCUUUCCACUGGGGUAACCUGAUCUAUCGGACACUUUUCCAUGGUUAAAUAUAUUAAUGAUGGACGUGUCCAGUUCCUCCGCUGGUAGCCUCACUUUAAGCCUACAGAUUGUGAACAGCAGAAACUCGACAGAUUAUUUCAAGCAAACUAAAUAGUUUAGAGUAUGAACCCUACUACAGAAGCACUAUAUUUGUACAUGUUUAAUCAAGGGUUUGUUUUUGUUUCGUAUAAGAAUAGAAGAAAUGUUAGAAAGAUCUAAGAGACUCUGCUGUCAUGUUGUUCUUUAGCGUUAACUAAUGCAGACCUGUGUUGAUAAAAUAAUGGAGUAAUCUCUUUUUUGGUUUAACAGUCCUGAAUGAAUCAUAAGUGAUUGUGUAUUUUUUUUUUUUUUUUUUUUUAGCACUUUCCUUUCAC